UCUUAGACUCGAGACAAGAACAGACGUUUGGAGGAGUUUUGUUAACUAUUUUGUGAUCAUCAACAUUGUAGCAAUACUUUUGUUGUUGCAGCAAAGAAAAGCACAGGAUUGCCUUUUUUUCCCCUUCUAUUUUCAAAUCUUUUGGAGUUUUUUUUUCCUAAAUAUUCUGAUUUUUGUUGGUCUUUGGUGAAGAGGCUGCAGAAACAAAAAUCCCCCAUCAUGUCUACUAGAUAUAUGGAUUAUACUGGAAAUUCGAUGGAAGGAGAAAUGAGGGAUCUUAAAAAGGACAAGUUGGUCCAACAGGAGGACAGGAUAGACAGUGGACUGGACUCUUUGAAACAAGAGGAAUAUGACAAUUUUUCCCAAGAGUUUGGAGGGCUUUGCAUCAAAUCCCAGUACUCUGAGCCAGAACCCUGGAUGCUUUAUUGUAAUGAGGACGGAGACACGUUUCUAAACUUGGCUGUAAUUCACGAAGAAAAGAAAAUCACGAGUGAGGCCAUCGCACAUGCUCAAUGGUAUAUUUAUUACCUGAACCAGCAAAAUCACCUUCAUCAGACCGCGCUACACCUGGCAGUCAUAACAGACCAACCAGAAAUUGCCCAGCAGCUCCUUAAAGCUGGCUGUGACCCAGAGAUCAGAGACUUCAAUGGAGAUACUGCCCUGCAUAUCGCCUGCAAAAAGGGGUCGCUGCAUGCUGUCGGGGUCAUCCUUCAAAACUGCUUCAAUAAAAUCUCGUUCCUGCUGCAGGCUGUGAACUAUGACGGUCACACGUGUCUUCAUCUGGCAGCAAUUCAUGGCUUUCUUGCGAUUGUUGAAAGUUUAAUAUCAGUGGGCGCAGACAUUGAUGCACAGGAGCCUUGCAAUGGUCGUACCGUGCUUCACAUAGCUGUGGACCUGCAGAACGCUAACCUGGUUAAGCUGUUGCUUGAGAAAGGUGCAGAUGUUAACAGAGUCACAUAUCAAGGAUAUUCUCCCUGCCAACUCACGUGGGGGAGAAGUAACCUGUUCAUUCAGGAGAUGCUGGUGUCUCGGACGAAGACUGAUUUGCAGCUUUUGCCCGAAAGUGAUGAUGAAAGUUCAGAUUCUGAAUCGGAAUACGCAGACGAAGUGCUUAUGUAUGAUGACUGUACACUAGGGGGUAAAAGGGUGCAUUAGACUCCAAUUUACACAAGGAGGAAAAAACAAACCAAAAUAGACAAUAAAAGGAGAUCGUGUUGAUUUCGUUACCUGAUGCAGUACUGGUACCAAUGAAUAAUCCUCCAGCUCUGGACAGAACCCAACUGUGGGGGUCGUCGAGUAUGAGGUGCUUGUGCUGUUCUCAUGUGUCGGUGAUAGAGAUGUUGUGUGAGCUACGAAGAUGUCUUAAAAUAGUAAAAUACACAACAAAAAGAUUCUUUAACAUGCAGCAGUCUUCCGUACAAAUGGGUCGAAUGGAGUCUCGGUAAUCCCAGAAGAAACCCAAAACAGACCAUGGGAUACCAUCCAGUCUCCAAGUGACAAACUGUUGAAACUGCCGCGUGACAAAUGAUGCAUAACAAAAGGCAGAAUGUAUAUAUUGUAAAUACUGUACAAUAUAAUUUUAUAUGAGAUAUAUAUUUAUUAAAAAAAUGAAGGAAACUUAAAA